AUGGGUGAAGAAUUAAAAAAUCAGAAUAACCGUUUAGAAAUAGAAUCUGGUAGCCGAUUACCAGAAUUGCAAUUAUUAUUUACUUUAAAACCAGGUAUGGAUCGACGUCGAUAUAAUGUUCAAAGAACUAAUGAAGUUGCUGCUGUUUUUUAUACAACAGCUGAUGGAGAAAUUCCUGAAUCAUAUGUUACAAUACGACGUCGUUUAUUUCAACAGUGGCUUGUAGAUAGUUAUGUAAAAAUUGAAAAAGAUAGAAUUGAUUAUUGCAAAACACAUCAAAAAGAAUUACGUUCUGAAACAUACCAAGGUUUGAGAGAUUAUUUACAAACUAUGGCAAAUGACUUAAAUGGACGUAUUGGAAAAAUGGUUAUACUUCCUUCUACGUUUAUUGGAUCACCACGUAAUAUGUUACAAAAUUAUCAAGACGCAAUGGCUAUCGUUAGUAAAUUUGGUAAGCCAGAUCUUUUCAUUACUAUGACUUGCAUUCCAAAAUGGCGUGAAAUUGAGGAAAACCUUUUGCCUGGUCAACAAGCUUGUGAUAGACCUGAUAUUUGUGCUCGUGUUUUUAACAUUAAAAAAGAUUAUUUACUUGAUUUAAUUGUUAAGCAAAAGUUUUUUGGUGAAGUAGCAGCGUUUGUGUACGUUAUUGAAUUUCAAAAACGCGGAUUGCCACAUGUCCAUAUACUAAUCACAUUAAAAUAUAAUUUUAAAAUAACAACUCCACAGAUUGUUGACAAAUAUAUUUCUGCGGAAAUUCCUGAUCCAAACGAGAAUCGUAUCUUACAUGAUAUAGUUAUGAGACAUAUGAUUCAUGGACCUUGUGGUGAUUGGUGUUUGGUAGAUGGAAAAUGUUCGAAAAAUUACCCUAAACCGUACCAUGAAGAGACCAGAAGGAUGAAGAUGCUUAUCCUUAUUAUCGUCGACGAAAUAAUGGCAAAAAUUUUGAACUUCCUGGUGGAUAUAUAUAUCAAAUCAGUUAAAUAUCUGUACAAAUAUAUUUAUAAAGGACAUGAUGUUGCUGCUAUAACUAUUGAACCAGUAACAGAAAAUGUAACUAUUGAUCAUGAUGAGAUACAUAAUUAUAUCGAAGCUCGUUAUGUUGGACCUGUAGAGGCCAGUUGGCGUAUUCUUGUAAAGGGAUCUACAAGUUUUAAUGAUUUGAGAACUGUAGAUGGAAAAUUACAUCCAUCAUUUUCAGCGGCAUGUUUAGCUUUAGGUUUGAUUGAAGAUGAUGAUGAAUGGAAACGAGCUAUGAACGAAGCUGUUGGUUGGAUGAUGCCAAGACAACUUCGUAGAUUAUUUGUACGUAUAUUAUUACAUUGUCAACCAUUACAUCCUGAAGAGUUGUGGGAAAAUUUUAAAGUAGCUAUGUCUGAAGAUUAUGUUCGACAUUUUGGUAUGUUAAAAGGACAAAAUAAAGCUUAUGUGCAAAUUAAUAAUAUACUUCGUGCUGAAGGUAAAAAUUUUGUUGAUUUUCCUCAAAUGGAACAAUUAAUAGAAGAUAUUGAAGAAGAAGAUUACGAAACACUUGAAAAAGCUAUGGAAAUAGCUAGAAUUAGACAGAAGCGUGUGUGUACAAUGGCUUUUACGGGAAUUGCAGCCACAUUACUACCUACUGGAAAAACAGUUCAUAAGAUAUUCGGAUUACCAGUUCCAUUAUUUGCUGAUUCAUCAUCAUCUAUUAAAAUCCAGUCAAAGGAAGCUCAAUAUCUAAAAGAAAUUGAUAUUUUUAUUUGGAAUGAAGCACCAAUGGCACCACGAUAUGCUUUAGAAAUUAUGGAUCGAACAUUGCGUGAUAUCAUGAAUAACGAUUUUCCUUUUGGUGGAAAAGUUAUUUUAUUAGGUGGUGAUUUUAGACAACUUUUGCCUAUUAAAGUACAUGCUACUCGAAAAGAAAUAGAAUUUGCAAAAUUUGUAUUAGAUAUUGGAGAUGGUACAUUAAAUGAUUUUAAUGAUAAUAUACAAAUUCCUGAAUAUUGUAUAGCGUCUAAUAAUGCUGAUAUUGUGGAAGAUAUAUAUGGAGAUUUAAUACGAAAAACAGAGUUUAUUAAAAUGUCUAAAUGUGCGAUACUUUCUGCAAGAAAUGUUGAUGUAGAUGAGAUAAAUAAAAAAGUUGUGGAAUUAUUAGAUAUAACUCAUAAACGAAUUUAUACAAGUGUAGAUAGUGCUAUUAAUAACGAUAAUGGUGAUAUAAGUGAAACUUUGUUACCGGAAUAUUUAAAUAGUUUAUCUCCACCAUCUCUUCCUCCUCAUGAAUUACGUUUAAGACCAAAUUGUAUCAUUAUGUUAAUUAGUUUAAGUAUCAAUGAAGGUCUUUGUAAUGAAGACAAUUUCCAAUAA